AUGCGCUUCAUCUUGCUUGCCAUGCUCGCAUUGGUUGGCGCGGUCAUGGCAUCCCCGCAAGGCGCUGGCAAGGAAAAUACAAAGAUUCCUACUGGCUCUGCUUGCAAGCAGGACGGGAGUAUGGGUUACUGUGAAAGUGAUUUCUGUCUGCAAACACCCACUGAGGCCACUGGCGUGUGCAAAUAA